AUGGCGCAGGCCGAGGUGCUGUGGGCGGCCGCCUCGCUGAUGCUGCUCGGGGCCGCCGUGGGCGUCUGCGUGAGGUGCCAGCUCUGGGCUUCCAAGCGAGAAAAGCAGCAGAGCGAGCGGAGGAGAGAGCUUGAAAAUCAACGGAGUUUUGAGGUGAUUCGAUCCCGUUCUAUGCUAACCACAAGAAGACUAGAACAAAAUAAGGCGUCAGAAAACUCACCAGUGACAAGGAAAAGCAAUGAGGAACUCGGUACCACACGUCGCGUUGGAAGUGAGGAUAGGGCUGAAUCCCGAUACCAGAACUUCCUGAAAGAAGACCAGCUGCACGAGGAGGCCGCCUACAUUGACCCAAUAUCCUGGGAUUACUACAACUGGAUGAACCCUGGGUCUCUGCACGGAGGAAGAGAGGAGGAUUCCUUUUCCUAUCAAAAUGUUGUCGUUGGAGCAUGUCUUGGCUCCAGUUCAGUCACAGAUGACGCAGGAGACUAUGAGAACAGCACAGCGAUCCGCAUAUGGACAUUGCAGCAAGAAAGUCCAGAUGAGGAGCCGGAUUAUGUCAACACGGACCCUGCAUCAGGCCUUGCAUCUCUGCCAGAGCAAAGUACAUCACGUAGAAUCUAAAGAAGCCUUUUGCCAAGCUGUAAAAGCAUCCGCAGCGAACCUGUGUAUAUAAAGAGGAGUCUCCAGUCCUGCAGUGAAAUCCUUUUUCUGGAUCGUGCCCAAGCUCUCUCCGAAGGGAUGCAGCGGAAGGGCAGGAAUGCUCUGCUUGAAGUCCCACCAAACUCCGUCUGAAAACACGGGAUGCUUGGUUUGUGCAAAGCUUUCUCUUGUCAAGCAUGAAGUGAAUCUCCAAAUUACUGAGCAGUUACGCAGCUAGCUACUUAUUUUUUCUGGUUGGGUCGUUCAAGGUGCUGCUAAAACAUAAGGAUUAUGGUUCCAAUUUAGUCCCUACAUUCUCCUCUGGGAGCCGGUCACAACAAAAACAGAACCUGCAGGAAGGGGUCAGGUUUGCAACAGGAGUGGUUUUCUGGAGCUAA